UUCUAAAAUUUUGUAAAUAAGUGAUUUUUCUCCUUCACUGACGUGCGCUAAUGAGGCUGCAGUGAUGGGCACUGAUAGGCUGCACUGAUGGACACUGAUAGGUGGCACUGAUUGGCAGCACUGAUAGGUGGCACUGAUUGGCAUUGAUAGGUGGCACUGACUGGCACUGAUGGGUGACACUGAAAGGCAGCUCAGAUGGACAUUGAUAUGUGGCAUUGAUGUGCACUGGUAUGCACUGAUAUGUGGCAUUGAUGUGGCACUGAUGGGCACUGACAGGUGGCACUGCUGGGGCUACACUGAUCAUCAGGGCACACUGAUCAUCAGUGCCCUGAUGUUCAGU